CUCUUUAAAUUUUUACAAUAAAACUCAUUGAUUUUUACCCAUUGAUUACUGUUGAGAGCAAAAAAACUCUCUACUUGCAUUUGUACUUAUUUACUGUCAACAUAAACAAUAUGCUCAAUUCAAUAGGUCCAUUGUUGUACAUUCGGAACAUUUCAUUCGCAAUUGUAUCAUAAAAUAUCUGUGAGCUCAGUGUAAUCACUGGAUAAUGGUUAAGAUAUUUAGAUAACAAUAUACGCAUCAGUUGCGUAUAUCAUGUAUCGUAUAAAUGUUUCUAUAUCCGUAUACAAAUGUUUUGACAUUUCAAUUCGAUUCAAUUGCUAAGCCCGUAAUUUAUUUCUACGCAAUUUCAUCAAAUACAAUAAAGUCUAUCCUGAUAUGGUGUCUCCAAUCAACUGAUGGUAUUUUUUUAAAAAUGUCGUCCGGCGAAGAUUUUGAUUUUUCGUAUGAAUCGCUAAGUUCUGUUGCAAAUAACUUAUUGAAUCGUACAAAGCAUUGCCCAAAAAUUGGAAUAAUCUGUGGUUCUGGUCUUGGUUCGUUAGCCGAAAGCAUUGAAAAUGCCGACAUUAUAACAUAUCAAAGUAUUCCAAACUUUCCGGUAUCAACCGUUGAAGGACAUGCUGGAAAGUUGAUUUUUGGCACAAUAAACGAUGUUGCUGUGAUGUGUAUGCAAGGUCGAUUCCACUAUUACGAAGGAUAUCCAUUGACCAAAUGUUGUAUGCCAAUUCGUGUAAUGAAAUUGAUUGGUUGCCAGUAUUUAAUUGCAACUAAUGCUGCCGGUGGAUUGAAUGAAAAAUACAAUGUUGGAGACAUUGUAAUUGUCAAAGAUCACAUUAAUCUUAUGGGUUUUGCUGGUAAUAAUCCACUACAAGGACCAAAUGAUACUCGAUUUGGGCCGCGUUUUAUACCAAUGAACAACGCCUAUGACAAAACUUUAAGAGAGCAUGCCAUGGUAAUUGGUCGUGAACUUGGCGUCGAGCAACACAUACAUGAAGGUGUGUAUACAUGUUUGGGAGGUCCAAAUUAUGAAACCGUAGCUGAGCUUCGUAUGUUGAAAAUUCUUGGUGUCGAUUGUGUUGGAAUGUCAACUGUUCAUGAGGUGAUCACUGCCAAGCAUUGCGAUAUGAAAGUUUUUGCGUUCUCCAUUAUUACAAAUAAAUGUAUAACAGAAUAUGACAGCCAAGAUGAACCUGAACAUGAAGAAGUUGUUGAAGUCGGCAAAAAAUGUCAACGCAUACUUGCCGAACUUGUGCGACGUUUAAUCAUUCGAAUCGAUAAUGAAUGAAAUUAAAUGGUUCAUAUUAAAGUUUUUUCUCACACCUGCCACUUGCCGAAUUUUUUUAGCACGAAUUUUUUUGUUGUGUUUUUCAUGUUGUCUCAUUAUAACUUACCUUAUUUAAUCUCACGUUGAUUAGUUUUCAACCACUGCUGUCUACAAUAUCCAUACUCGAGUUUUUGAAGUUGACGAUUUAAAGGGGGCAAAAUAAAAAUUUAAAGCCCUGUUAAUACAGGAUAGAAAUGAUUGUAUACAUUAAUAAAAUUUACAAAAAAGUUUUAAAAAAACUUCGCAUUUAUUAUAAAAUACAUCUUACAUAAAAUCACACAUUUCAAAUCAAAUGGAAUAAUCAAAUUUAAUUAUCUUUCAAAAGCUGAAUCAGCCUCUCAAACAAAAUGUCUGCAUAAAUUUGUGAUACAUAGAGCACU